CGCGCUCGCCGUCCCCCGGCCCCGCCCCCCGAGCGCCGAGAUCUGUCGGCUGCCGGGUCGGUGGGCCUCCGGGGUCUUACCGGCCUGUUCGCUACCAUGCCGCUGUACGAGGGUCUGGGAAGCGGCGGGGAGAAAACGGCGGUCGUGAUAGACCUGGGAGAGGCUUUUACCAAGUGUGGAUUUGCUGGAGAAACUGGUCCAAGAUGUAUAAUUCCCAGUGUGAUUAAAAAAGCUGGCAUGCCUAAGCCUAUCAAAGUUGUACAAUAUAACAUCAACACAGAAGAACUAUAUUCCUACCUAAAGGAAUUCAUCCAUAUACUGUAUUUCAGGCAUCUAUUGGUGAAUCCCAGAGACCGCAGAGUCGUGGUUAUCGAGUCUGUAUUAUGUCCUUCCCACUUCAGAGAGACACUCACUCGUGUUCUUUUCAAGUAUUUUGAGGUUCCGUCUGUCUUGCUUGCUCCAAGUCAUCUAAUGGCCCUUCUUACACUUGGGAUAAACUCUGCCAUGGUCCUAGAUUGUGGAUAUAGGGAGAGCCUGGUGUUACCUAUAUAUGAAGGAAUCCCAGUACUGAAUUGUUGGGGAGCACUCCCCUUAGGAGGAAAAGCUCUUCACAAGGAGUUGGAAACUCAACUGUUGGAACAAUGUACUGUUGACACAGGUGCUGCUAAAGAACAGAGCCUUCCCUCUGUGAUGGGUUCAAUUCCAGAAGGUAUCUUGGAGGACAUUAAAGUGCGCACUUGCUUUGUUAGUGAUCUGAAGCGUGGACUGAAUAUCCAGGCAGCAAAAUUUAAUAUUGAUGGGAACACUCAGCGUCCCUCACCACCCCCAAAUGUUGACUACCCAUUAGAUGGAGAGAAGAUUUUACAUGUCCUUGGAUCAAUCAGAGAUUCUGUUGUGGAAAUCCUUUUUGAGCAAGAUAAUGAAGAGAAAUCAGUUGCCACUUUAAUAUUGGAUUCCCUUAUGCAGUGCCCAAUAGACACCAGGAAGCAGCUAGCAGAGAAUUUGGUAGUCAUAGGUGGCACGUCUAUGUUGCCAGGUUUCCUUCACAGACUACUUGCAGAAAUAAGGUAUUUGGUAGAAAAACCAAAAUAUAAAAAAACGCUUGCCACCAAGACAUUCCGGAUUCAUACUCCACCUGCAAAGGCUAAUUGUGUAGCAUGGCUGGGAGGAGCUAUUUUUGGAGCACUGCAAGACAUACUUGGGAGCCGUUCAGUCUCAAAGGAUUAUUAUAACCAGACAGGCCGUAUACCUGAUUGGUGUUCUCUUAAUAAUCCACCUUUAGAAAUGAUGUUCGAUGUUGGGAAGAGUCAGCCACCUCUGAUGAAGAGAGCAUUUUCCACUGAGAAGUGAAAGUUUGAUUAAAAUUCAACUUUGCUUCUUUUCAAGUAUCUCAUCAAUUAGAAGCAAAUUGUACAAAGUAUAUAGAAUGCUGUUAGAGACGACUUUAGUAGAAGUGAAAGCAUUUCUGUAAUUAUUUGGCACAUUAAUAUUUAAUCAUUUUGACUGGUUUCUCUUGUGUAAUGGUAGAAUGGUAGCUGAUGCUUAUGAAAUUAGUUGUAUUUAUAUCAAUAAAAUAUACUAAAGUGGUUUCAUUUUG